UUUUCUCGCAUUAUCUCACGAAAUUUGAUGCAGGAGCAUCUUGCAAGCUGUCCUGAGGAAAGGACACGUGUUAUGAAUGAAGGCAUGGAAGUGACGUGGCAAGUGGAUACGUGGAGGGUUGGCCCUGCUGCACUUCAGGUUACACGAUCAAUUGGUGAUGAUGACUUGAAGCCUGCUGUGACUGCGGAGCCUGAGAUUAUAGAAACUUCUUUGUCUGAAGUUGAUGAGUUCUUGGUGAUGGCUAGUGAUGGACUGUGGGAUGUUAUGAGCAAUAAAGAAGUGAUAUCCAUUAUUAGAGAUACUGUGAAGGAGCCAACACUGUGUUCCAAGAGAUUGGUGACUGACGCUGCUGCACGUGGCAGCAAAGAUAAUAUUACAGUCAUUGUCGUCUUCCUCCGGCCUGUAUCCACGGCUGAAAGAGUUUAUUAGCUCAUCAAACAGGACUAAAUAUUGUUGAGGAUUUAUAGAGUACCAUUUCAGAUCGGGGCCUUUAUCUCACCAUAUGAAUGAACCAAAUUUAUUUAUCAUGUCUUUAUAUAUAAUUCUUUGAAUCCUUGAUAUCUUUUAUAUAGUGUUAUUGAUUUUGUAAUUUGGG